GUUGGCGUUGGCUUCUGCUCUUUUCCAUUUUCCAUCCAAUCUACCGCGAUUGGCUGCAUCAAUGAUAUAUCUUUACCAAUCAGGUUUAUGGCCAUCAAAAUAUAGGCGAGCCACGCAUUUCCCUCUACUAUGAAGGCCUGAAAUAGGAUCGUGGUCCUCCCGUUAGAAAUAGUCCAAAUCGUCUCAAGAUAGUUUUUCUCGAACAAUCCAAGCUAUCACUUCCUAAAGAAUAAUCUAGUCUGUUUCACGCCACUACAUACUCACAUCUAUCAAAGACUUCUAUUCCCUUUAGCAUUUUAUCUUUCGACCAACAUACUACUCUUUUUUAAUUCUACAGUGCCGAUUCUCAAUUAAAGCCCCAAAUCACCAGUCUUUGUGUCAAAUUUGAUGAUCUACAACUCGAAAAUCGAUACAGAAACAAACCGUGCACCACUUCUUCGCAGAUCAUCCGUCGACCUUGACGGUAUCAGGGACUUCACCAUCACCGUGGAUAUCUCCCUCCUCCUCAAGGACCCGGACUCUAAUGAGUCCCAGACCACAUCACCACCCGACAGAAACCAAACAAGAUCUACAUCCGUUCAAUCAUCAAUCACACAACCCGAAAUACCAAACUACGCUGCUGUCGUUUCUGCAGCCGGUGGGAAAAGAAGUAUGGGUGCCCAUCCAUCAGAAUCUCCUGCUAAGAAGCAAAGCAAAUGGUCGGCGGACGAAGAUGCUUUAAUCAUUGAUCUAAGAGGCAGUGGAAUGAAGUGGGAGGAUAUCUCUAAGAGACUACCGGGUCGAAGUGCUAUUAGUUGUCGGUUACAUUAUCAAAACUAUCUGGAACGUAGGAGUGAGUGGGACGAAGAACGAAAGAACAAACUUGCUAGACUCUAUGAAAGAUUCAAACAAGAAAUGUGGUCAAAGGUGGCCGAAGAAAUGGCAGUUCCAUGGCGAGCAGCAGAAGCCAUGCAUUGGCAACUCGGCGAAAACGACAUGGCAAGACGUGCUGGUGUCGUUCCUUUCUCUCUCUCGAGCGUAACUCUCGAUGCCCCAUCUUCUGGUUCGAGAGCCUCGCCUGCAAGGGGUCAUUCAUAUAGUCAAUCCACAUCUAGCACGAUGAAUUCAGCAUCUGGAGCAUCUCGAUACAGUAGACCUGGCACCGCACAAGGAAACCCAAAUCCAAGAGGUGUUGGAGCCACCCGUACAAUCGCCGCCAGGAGAGAGAGCACACCUAGAUCAGUACCACCUACGAGCCCAACAGAUGGCCUAGCCUUAGCGGCCAUUGGAGGUGGUAGUGGCAUGAUGAUGGGACAGGGUAGAGGAGGAUAUCUGCCUAGUUUGUCGGAAAUGACCACAGGUAUGAGCCCGUAUAGUACGCCUGCUUAUGCGAUGUCAAUGCCUGCGCAUUCAAGUGGUUACUCGAGUGGAUAUCCAAGUCCUGGUCCUGGGCCGCUCUUACCGGCUAUCGGCAUGUUGGGGCAGAGGAACGAUGGGAAGAGAAGGGGGAGCCCGGAGGGUGGGACGCGGGAUAGUAUUAGGAGGAGACAAUGAGGGUUGUCGCUAUGUUUGAUGAAAACUUGUUAUGUGCAAUGAUAUGAUGGAUAGAUGGAUGGAUGGAAACGUGUGUAAAUGCGAUUGGCGUUGAGGAAAAAGUUAAUUUUUGUUUCUACACCUGUUUUCUUUUCUUCUGGGGUAAAGUAGGGUAUGGAUGGGAUGGAUGGGUAGAGUGAGCAUAUGGGGAUGGACCUUGCAUAUUGGGAUGGCGCGAUGAUUUGAAAAAAUAUCCCUUGGCUUUGGAUCAGGGCUUUAUGAAUUGGAAUUUACAUUGAAUGGGAUGGAAUGGGGUUGAGAUGGGGUAGCGUAGCACGCAUUGCUUGCAGGCACGCAUGGUGUUCGAAACUAUACCUUCUAGAUUGUAUUAUGAUUUUUUGUA